CAAUCGCUGACUUUGGAGGCUUUCUUGAGCAGCAACAACACGGAGAACACGGAACUGUCACCUCGCGUUCUUGUUUUGUAUCUUAAUUAUAGCAUUUUGUGAAGUCACUGGGCUGCUUUCUACAUCUUUAGAACGUGUCCAUCAACACUUUUGUUUCAGUACUCGAGUUACAUUUAGUCUUUAUGUUUGUCCAUCAGACGCUACGUGACUGACGUAAGUUACUCGCGAGGGGCCAACUUAGCAACUUUUAUCGGUCACGUGACUGUACUUCACCAGCAGAAGAUCCUCAUGAGUCCAAGUGUCACUCAUGGAGGUCACCCCUAAAGCCGCCGAAUCAAAACCUGUGAUUUAUUCACCUCCUCGUUCGGCGGAGGAGAGCCCCCGUGAGCACAAAGAGGAAAAGCAUCACCAGAAGCUGAGUUCCUCCCUGAGGGAGAGGCUGAAGAGAUCGAGGCGCUCCUUCACCUCGCCCCCCUCAUCUGUUGCCAAACGCCUGUGUGUUGAUGAGAAGGUGGAGGACAAGAACGGCCAACAAGUUUCAGCAGAUUCCCCGGUUAAGUACCCUUCAUCGACCUUGCCCAAUGUUGAUGUAAACACAAAUGAGAAGUCAAGGAGUGAAAGUUUUUCUGGACCCAUUUCCGAACCAACGCGUCAUCCUUCCAAAGACUCCACACAACAACGAGACCGGUUGAGGAGGGAGGUGAAAGACAAGAUGGAGACGCUGCGCCGGCUCAAGAUGGUUAAAAUGUACAGGAACAAGAAUGAUUUGGCGCAGCUCCAGACCCUGGUUGACAAGUGGAGGAGCUGCGCUCAGGCUGCUUUGUACGAGCUGAUGUCAGACGUCCCCAUCGAGGGAGGAAAGGCCAGCCUGUCGGCGCUCAUUGACCUCUUCGGUCUGGAUGACGCCAUUCUGCACUUUGACCGCGCGGAAGAGGACUUUACUACCUAAAC